AUGAUGGGUUUAAGUCGGGACUUGGAGCAGCGCCAGGCCGUUCCAGCGAACAAUCUGGCAGACCCGCUUGCGGAAGUAAUUGCUGCAGAGGCAGAGAACGAUGCAAACGCUGUUGAAGCUGUAGCGGAGGACAUCACUCUCGAUGACCCAUUUGCCGAAGCGGCUCCUGGAGAGGCAGACUGGAAAAAGGGAUACCGUGCCAUCGUUUUGGAAUAUUGCUAUUUGAAUGCAUGUUUCAUGUCGCUGGCGUUUGCUGAAGCCAAGUGCAAGGCGGCUCCCGCACUAGCAGAGGACAUCACUCUGGAUGACCCGUUUGCCGAAAUGACAGCUCCUGCAGAGGUUCCGGAAAGCGCCACUCAAGACGAUGUGGCCGAGGAGCCUGUGAAGUCUCCAGAGGCUGUUGAAGCUGUAGCGGAGGACAUCACUCUCGAUGACCCAUUUGCCGAAGCGACAGCUCCUGGAGAGGCGGCUCCCGCACUAGGAGAACACAUCACUCUGGAUGACCCAUUUGCAGAAAUGACAGCUCCUGCAGAGGCAGGGAAUAUUGUGAAGGGAGACGAAGUUCCAGAAAGCGCCACUCAAGACGAUGUGUCUGAGGAUCCUGUGAAGUCUCCAGAGGCUUUUGAAACUGUAGCGGAGGACAUCACUCUCGAUGACCCAUUUGCCGAAGCGACAGCUCCUGGAGAGGCGGCUCCCGCACUAGGAGAACACAUCACUCUGGAUGACCCAUUUGCAGAAAUGACAGCUCCUGCAGAGGUUCCGGAAAGCGCCACUCAAGGCGAUGUGUCUGAGGAUCCUGUGAAGUCUCCAGAGGCUUUUGAAGCUGUAGUGGAGGACAUCACUCUCGAUGACCCAUUUGCCGAAGCGACAGCUGCUGGAGAGGCGGCUCCCGCACUAGGAGAACACAUCACUCUGGAUGACCCAUUUGCAGAAAUGACAGCUCCUGCAGAGGUUCCGGAAAGCGCCACUCAAGACGAUGUGGCCGAGCAGCCUGUGAAGUCUCCAGAGGCUUUUGAAGCUGUAGUGGAGGACAUCACUCUCGAUGACCCAUUUGCCGAAGCGACAGCUCCUGGAGAGGCAGGGAGUGCUGUGAGGGGACUCACAUUGCAUUGGAUGUUCUUGGAUCUCGCCAUUUCAUUGCAUUCAGUGUUCUUCAACACUCAGAUUUUGUUGGACGACAAUUAUGUUUAUUCUCGCAAAUAG